AUGAAUAAUCUUGAAUGUGAUCCUGAUAAAGGAUGUUGGCUUUUGAGUAAUUGUGUGAAAGAUGAAUUAAGUUAUACUUGUGUCCAUGAUCCAAUAUUGGAAUUAACUCCAUAUACAGGAUUUGUUUAUUUCUUAAUACCAAUAUUAUUGGGUACCAGCAUUUUAGGUGGUUUAGGAAGUGGUAUGAUUAAAAGACCAAUAUUAAAUCUACUAUUAAAUUAUCCUUCAAACAUUUCAACACAAAUAGCAUAUUGA